AAGCAGCCGUUUGUCAGACAAAAAUUGUUGCCCUAAUCCUCCGUCUUCUUAUUCUUCUUCUUCACCGUCACAUAAUCUUACGCUCUUACUCUGUUUCUCACUUUCUCUCCGUUGCUUGUUUCUUCAACUUCGAUCACAAAAACCUCCUGCUCUGUCCCUCUGUCAUUGAAGGAUUAAGGAUAAACUCCGUGGUAAAAAAAGAACUCAAUUUGUUAUGCUCGCUAAAACCCCUGACUACUUAAAAAAAAAAAAAAAGACAAUUUGUUCUUAUAGAUUUAUAACAUUUCUAAACUUAACCUGUUUCUUAAAGCUCCUUCUUCAUCAGGCAUAAUCUUGAAUUUUUUUUUUUCCCCUUUUCUGGGUUCAGGAUUUAUAAUUUGUUCUAUUUGAUUUUCUUUUGGUAACAGUUUUUUUUUUUUUUGGGUGGUCUCGUUGAAAUUUUCUUUUACGAAUUCUUUUUGUUCGUUGCGACCGAAUAAAACUGUUGUAUUACAAUGAGAGUGAGAAAGCAGAGGAAGCAUAGGAAGGUAGUGAAGUUCUUCAUAGCUUGCCAUGGUUUUAGAUCGCCUUUCAAGGUUCUGUGCGAUGGGACAUUUGUUCAUCACUUGCUCGUCAAUCGCAUAACACCUGCUGACAAAGCCCUCUCUAAUAUCCUUGGUGCCCCUGUCAAGCUCUUCACCACCAAUUGUGUUCUUGCAGAGUUGAAGAGCCUUGGUCGCUCCUAUUCCGAGUCUCUUAACGAAGCUGGUCAGCUCUUUCGUGCAAGAUGUGGUCAUGAGAAGAGGAAGAGUGCUGAAGCUUGCAUCUUGGAGUGUACUGGUGAAAACAAUCCCGAGCACUUCUUUGUUGCUACUCAGGAUGCUGAUCUAAGAAAGAAGUUUCGAGAGAUACCAGGCGUCCCUGUUGUGUAUGCUUUGAGAAAUGCUCUUCUCCUUGAGCCCCUGUCUGCAGUUCAACGCCAAUUUGUCAAAACUGUUGAAGAAAAACACUCUCAUAUGACUGAGUUGGAAUAUAAAUUGUUAACGAAGAGGGAAAAGAGCACACUAACAAAUGAGGAAGAAAAGAAUUCCUCUGAUGAAAAGGAAUUAGGAGAUCAGAACUUGCCGGUGCGGGCUGUAACAAAGACACCAAACCUAACGGGAACAGAGAUGAAGGAUAAAGUUCAGUUUAAGAGAAAGAAAGCAAAGGCUCCAAACCCACUUUCAUGCAAGAAGAAAAAGAGUCAUGAAAAUAAAAACCCUGUUCAAGGGAAGGCAAAUUUGCAUACGGAAAGGAAUGAUGAAAAUACUGUGGGGAGCAGGGGUAGAAAGCGGAAGAGGUCUCGCAGACACAAGCAGUCUCUUGGAGCAGAGGGGUAAUGAGAUUUUAGGCUUAUUUAUUAUGAUUGGAGUACAUGUUUUUCUUUUUCUCUUCUUUCUUAUGAGUUAGGAGCUCUCGGGAAAUUUUUAUUGUAAAGCUUGUGUACCCCAAUGUACAAGUUCAGUUUUGGUAUUUGUAUAUAUGUGCUGUGUUUGUUUGCUUUUUA